AUGGCCCAUGAUCGAUCAACCCACGACGAGAUACCAGUCUCCCCUAAAAAAAAACUCAAGAUCACGAUUGAAAAACACAAAAGAAAAGUUUUUGAUACAGUCGACGACCUGCGCGAGUUCAUCAUGCACAUCGACGACAACGACAAGGACGUGUGCGCAUUAGCGCGCAUCAAGGCGCGUCUUCUUUGGAUUGCAUCCGACACAGUCCGCGGUCUACACUUCCUACGACUCUACUUUGGUGAAUGGCAGGCGCCGGAACCGUUCAAAGAACAACAACAGGUAAUCACACCGUUCAAACAUCUCGCAGCAGUCAACCAAUUCCUCAAUGGAUCAAGUGAAUACGCGGAAGCAAGUGCCGUACAAGACUUUCCUCCACCAAGUGGACCCACGAUCCACAAAACUGCAUACGUUAGGUUGGAGCACCGGCGAAUCUGGUACCAGCUGUUCGAUGCAGUCACGCGUGGUGCGUUCCAGAACACUGCGCCCACGGCCAUUCUACGAACAGAAGAUGCUGAGAUUAUCCAGGAGUUCUGUGAAAAUGUCAAGGCAUUCUGCGAUGAUUCCAGCAUUAGCGAGCGUUCUGUCAGCAAAAUAAUCCAAUGCAGCAGUCGAAAGAGCUAUCAGACUCCUCCUUUGAGCUUGACAAACAAAUCAAUGACGACACUGACUACUGGGUGGGCGGUCAUGCAUACCUAG